AUGCCAAGAAAAUCUCUAGUUCAGAUAAAACGAUCUGAAGUAAAGCAGAGACGUAGUGGCGCUGCUGGCAGUACUGGAAACAAGACCCUUCAUAAAAGCACACAAACCUCCUUUAAAAGGCAAAGAACUUUGACAGAAUUUAACAUCCCUACUUCAUCGAACUUGCCUGUUCGUUCUAGUUUGUAUGCAUUCUCAAAAUUUGGUCAUAAGACAGAUAUAGCGCCAGUACUUAUAAAUGAUAAUAAUCGUGAUAGUAUUUCUCUUGGCGACACUGAAAAGGUUGAAAUCAUUAUAGACACAGAUGAUGAAGAUCUUGUUAGCUUGCAUGAUGGUGAAGUGAGUGAGAUAGAAAUUAAGACUGAUAAUUCAACAAAAGAUCGGAUAACAACAAAACUGAAGGAGAAAAUAAACGUUGAAAUAUCUACAGAAUCUAUCAAUUGUCCUAUUUGCUUACUAAAUAUUUCUCAUUUAGAGCUGCAUGAAAGAGAGGCACACUGUGAUACUUGCAUAGGCAGUGAACUGAAUAAUGAAGGGACGCUCAAAAAAAACGUGAAGAGUUUUGUCUCUAAUCCAUCGUCUCCAACAAAAUCAAAGAGGCAGUUGAGCACAUUAAAGAAAGCGACAAGGAUAAGGCCUGAUUUGCCAGGCUUUAAAAUAAUAAAGUUCAAGAAUGGUCACCAGAUAGUCGUGGACGGUUUUAAUUACAAAUCCAGUGAGACUAUUUCACAAUACUUUCUUUCGCAUUUUCAUUCCGAUCACUAUAUUGGACUCAAGAAAUCAUGGAACAAUCCUGACGAUAAUUCUAUAAAAAAAACACUUUACUGUUCCAAGAUCACAGCUCUGUUAGUGAAUUUGAAAUUCAAAAUUUCAAUGGACGAAAUUCAAAUCCUUCCCAUGAAUAAGCGCUUUUGGAUAACGGACACAAUUUCUGUCGUUGCACUAGACGCUAAUCAUUGCCCCGGUGCAAUAAUAAUGUUAUUCCAGGAGUUUAUGGCAAAUUCGAAUGAGAAGCCUGUAAAACAAGUUUUACAUACGGGAGAUUUCCGAAGCAAUGCUCAAAUGAUUAAGACAAUUCAAAAGUGGUUAUCUGAGACAGCGAAUGAUACCAUUGACCAAAUCUACUUAGAUACAACGUAUCUAACCAUGGGAUAUAACUUCCCUUCACAACAUUCUGUAUGUGAUAUUGUGGCAGACUUUUCAUUACAACUUAUAAAACAAGGUAAGAAUAAGAUAUUUGCGGAUUCACAAAGAAACCUAUUUCAUUUUCAGAAGAAAAAAAAAAUGACAACUCAGCAUCACAAAUUUCUAUUUUUGGUGGGUACAUAUACAAUUGGAAAAGAGAAGUUAGCCAUCAAAAUUUGUGAACUUUUGAAGACAAAAUUGUUUGUUUUACCUAAUUCCGUUAAAUUCACAAUAAUUCAAACAGUUUUACGCAACAACGAAAACGAAAAAGACACAUGGGACGAAGACUUACUCACUAGCAAUUUGCACGAAUCAUUCGUACAUUUGGUACCGAUCAGGGUGUUGAAGAGUCGAGAAACAAUCGAAACAUAUUUGAAAAGUUUAAGAGAAUUGGAAGCAGAUUACCUGAAAGAUGUUGACGAUGUUGUCGGGUUUAUACCUACAGGAUGGAGUCACAAUUUCGGCUUGAAAUACCAAAAGGACAAAGAGAACGCUGAUGAGACGGCUAGUAAUAUCGGGUAUUGUUUAGAAUUAAUGAGGGACGAUCUGAAUGAUCAUGAGAACGAAUUUGAAAUCUCGAGUAUAUUGAGGCAGUACAGAAAGUACAACAAAUUUCAAGUGUUCAACGUGCCUUAUUCUGAACACAGUAGUUUUGAUGAUUUGGUCAAAUUUGGUUGUAAACUGGAGUGGUCCGAAAUCAUACCCACUGUGAAUCUAAACAACUUAUCGAAGGUGAGAUCCAUGACAAACUUGUUUCAAUGUUGGGAAAAAGUUAGGAAAACACGGGCGGCUAAAUGA